ACCGCCGGGUCCAACCGCCGCCUUGCCAGGGGCCCCUCCCGCCGCCUUCCCCUUCUCCCUCCCCGCCCCUCCCGCCGCCUCCGCCGCCCUUUUGCUUUCGCUUUUUCCCAGCUGACAGCCGGCGGCCCGGCCCGGCCAUGGAGAACGGUGCCGUCUACAACGAGACCACCGAGCCGGAGGCGAAGCGGCCCCGUCGCCGCCCCUUCGGCUGCACCCUGCGGCACCUGCCGGGGUGGCGGCUGCCAGCGAAGGCGGUCCAGGCGAUUUUCUCCUUUGUGGCUGUUACUUGUGAAGAAAUUGUGGAGGAUUGUGGCAAUUGUGGUGGACUUUACUUCUUUGAAUUCACUAGCUGCAGUGCCUUUCUUUUGAGCCUCCUGAUUCUGUCUUUGUAUUGCACUGAUGUAUAUGAAACACUGGGGGAAGAUAAAGUAGAGAAACUGAAUUUUUGGGCCAUGCCAAUCAUAGCUGCCUGGUUUGUGUUAGCAUCAAUAGUGUUUGCUCUGACCAGCUCUGGCUCUGCUGUUGAAAGUGCUGCAUGUGUUAGGAAGGGGAGAGGCUUUCUUGCUGCAGUGGCUGAGCAGAUUGGUCUGCUGCAGUCUGGACAUGCCCCCAUUGAUGCUUCUGGUGUCAGGUGCUGGCUUUAUAUGUCUGCCUUUUAAUUAGACUGAUCCUAGAGAAUGCCGUUGGAGCCGCAUUAAAUGUCUGGUUCUGCAGGAGCUCUGUGUGUGUGGCUGGAUGUCUCUUACCCCUCCCAUGCUCUGUCAGCAAAGUGGUUUGCUUGUUUCCCACCCUGCUUCUGAUGAAAUCAGCCUACCUUAUUUAAACCACCUAUUUAAAUUGUCUCCAUUAAGGUGGCUGAUUUUGCUUAAAUGGUUUAGGAAUUCUUAAGGAGAGUGGUGGGAACUCUGGUAAAAGUGCUGUUAGAGGCAACUGUCUCAAAUUUCUUCUUUUUGCAAAGCAACCAUCUCUGUACAUCAUAACUGGUGGUAAAACCUGUGGAAAGAAGCAACUGUCCCAGUACAUCUGUCUGGGGAUUGUCUUCACCACAGUGCUUGGCAGUGGUGUUGCAAGCCUGCUCAGACACAUAAAAGCUUUAGUGUUUUCCAGCUGAGCACAUCCAAAAAUAUUUAAAGGUUCUGCACCCACUUUCAGGCUUUGUUUACAGUGCCUUGAGAAUCAGCGGAGAGGAUUCUCCAGGACAUGUGAGGACUUGUUCAGUGGCUGGACUGUGAGCUUCUUCUCUGAAAAUCUGCACUGGGCAUUAUAUAGAUUGUUAAUUUUUGUUUGGCAUUUAGCCCACAUUAAAAUCACAGUGCUACCAGUGCUGUGUGGUUCUGAGUAUGGGAAGGAAUUGUGCCUUACUGCCUGCACUCUGUGCUUCACAAUAGCAGGGAAGGGUUGUGGUCUGUUACAGCUGAGUUCUACCUUUGCACCUUCCAACCUGGAAGAGCAGUGAGUGAUCUCACGCAAAUCUCAGAGCUCAGCACAAGAUGUUUUUGCAUAAUGGCUGUCACGGUAAUCCUCAUUCAAAUUUGUGCACUAAAAAUACCAAGCUUUCUACACUGAAGGGAAAUAUUUUAUGAAAUUUUUGAAAGAUUCUGUAAAAUUUUAAUGACUCAAGAUGCUGGUGGUGCCUUUAAGAUGGAAAUUCAUCUCUGUUUUAGUCUAUUGCUGUAAACAUAAGCAGUUCUCUUGAUAUUAAAUGUUAUGCUGGUCAGAACUUAAGUGAUUUUUAAUGUUUAUGAAAUCAUCUUGAUAAUACAAUGAUUUUAUAUAUAAUAAAAAUUUUAUACAAUUUUGUUCCCAGUGUUGCCUUGAAUUUCCAUCUAAAUAAUUUUGAAAUGCUUAAAUUCUUUUCCCUUUUAAACCUGUGAUCUUUUUUAAUGUAUUAUGCUUUCUUGUUCUAAAGAACUUUAUAAAAUAUUUUGUAAUAAUUUUUAAAAUAAAAUAU